AGAAACAGGAAACUGAAGGAACAGAUUUAGUCAAGAGGACUGGCUAUGACAAUGAGGGGAGGGCUUUUAAAACUUAAUUCCUUUUUCUUUUCCUUUGGCUGUGUGUAUGUGUAAGCGUGCGUGUCUUUUUAUUUUUAUUAACGUUGAGACAAUCUGGAGAGCAGUACUGGAGCAUUGCCUUCACAGCUCUGAUGUGGAACUAAUCUGCAUUCGUAUACUGCCACUUCAUUAGUAAAGAAACUAAGAAUUGUCAAGGUUUGCCACACAGGAGGAAGAUGAAGAGGAACCUAGCCCCUUGAAUUCCAGCUUUACUUGUAAAGUUUUGACAGGUCAACAGUCAUAAGCACCCAAGGGUCAUCAAUGACUCCAAGGUCAUUAGCUACAGCAAGAGAAACCUACCCACAGUGAACAACAUUUCUUGCUCUAGGUCCCUGAUGGCGGAGAGAUCACUCCUUACUUAUGCACUAUUGAUACUUGUCUGUUCCCUUCUUCGUGUGAAAGGUACAAAGGAGACCGAGUGUGUGUGCGAAGGUGAAGACUGCACAGGGCAGCGGUGCUUUGGCCUCUUCUGCUAUCAGACUCUCAGCAUUGAGGAUGGGAAGCAGGUCCACCAGAAGGGCUGUCUGAAUGAGCACAGUGAUAAGAGAUGCAACCAAUCACAAGUCCCAGAGAAGAUAACACAGUGCUGCACAGGUUUCCUCUGCAAUGCAAAUUUGAUCUCUGUGUCCAAGCCAGGGACAUUGGAGAAGUAUGACUGUGUGUGUCAGAACGGAUAUUGUACCAAGGAUCAAUGUACUGGCUCCAGGUGUUAUGUCUCAGUGAUCAGUGAGUUCCCAGAUGAGGUGGUGAAAGGAUGUUUGUCAAGCACUCCUCGAGAGGCACCCUGUGACAACCCACCACCAUCUGUCAGCAUACGAUGCUGCGUGGGUCACUUCUGUAACCGCAACCUCACCGUGAAAAGAGUGGAAGUAACAAAGAACAAAAUCACUUCCCUGGUCACAGUGUUAGUCCCAGUUGUGGUGCUGAGUGUUCUGGUAGCCCUGUUGCUGCUGUUCCACCAGAAACUCUGUAAAAACAAAAAGAUGCCAUUUUUGAACAAGGACGAAGAACUGAACCAGACAGAAAUGCUGAAAAUAACUGAGCUUGGAGACAACACAAUUGGCGACCUGUUUGAUCAUUCCUGUACUUCUGGGAGUGGCUCUGGUCUCCCUUUCCUUGUUCAGAGAACAGUGGCCAGGCAAAUUACACUGAUAGAAUGUGUAGGGAAAGGACGCUACGGUGAAGUGUGGAGAGGCAUGUGGCAGGGGGAAAAUGUAGCCGUUAAGAUCUUCUCUUCAAGAGAUGAACAGUCCUGGUUUAGGGAGACAGAGAUCUACAACACAGUCUUACUGAGGCACGAUAACAUUCUAGGCUUCAUCGCCUCAGACAUGACGUCCAGAAACUCAAGCACCCAGCUCUGGCUCAUAACCCACUACCAUGAGAACGGGUCACUGUACGACUACCUGCAGUGCAAUGCCGUCAACACGCAGGGCUGCAUGAAGCUCGCGCUCUCCAUCAUCAGCGGCCUUGUCCACUUACACGCAGAAAUCAUUGGAACACCGGGCAAAGCAGCCAUCGCCCACCGGGACCUAAAAAGCAGAAAUAUUCUUGUCAAGAGAAACAAGCAAUGCUGCAUAGCAGACUUAGGUUUGGCUGUCAUGCACUCUCAGAACAACGACUUCCUGGACAUUGGAAACAACCCUAAAGUGGGGACCAAGCGUUACAUGGCCCCAGAGGUCCUGGAUGAGACUAUCCGCACCGAUCGUUUUGAGUCAUACAAGUGGACAGAUGUCUGGGCAUUUGGCCUUGUGUUGUGGGAGAUUGCCAGGAGAACGGUGACCAAUGGAAUCACAGAAGAGUACAAGCCUCCAUUUUAUGACUUGGUGCCCACUGACCCCAGCUUUGAAGACAUGAGGAAAGUCAUCUGCACUGAUCAACAGCAACCCAACAUCCCCAACAGAUGGUUUUCCGAUCCGAUCCUGUCCUCUCUUGCUAAACUGAUGAAGGAAUGCUGGUAUCAGAGCCCCUCUGCCAGGCUGACGGCCCUCCGCAUCAAAAAGACCCUAACCAACCUGGCCAAUGCAGACAUCACACUGCACAAGCUCAAGCCAGACUGCUAACUCUUUUUAAUUUGAUCCUCAGAAGAAAAGCCCUUAAAUCUUCUCAGACAGCACCUGCCAGUUAAUCCAUCCCAGCCCUGACUAAUGUCCUUCUAGCUUGCAAGCAAAAACUCUCAAGCAUCUGCUCCACGUUUGGAUUCUGCUCCCAACUGACCCCGGACUGGAAAGAAUGUGGGGAUCAAGACAUUUUGCAAGCUCUUAAACAAAGCUCUCAAGCGACCCCUCAAACACACAAGAAGAAGAAAGAACAAAACAAAUUCCUACGUUGAAGUCCUACAGAAAUCUCUCAGAGCAAUUUGCACACUGCUGUGUUAAGUGUAGCACUUGCUGUGGUAUUGGACUGACACAAUGCACAGCAAGAUUCCAGCAUCCAAUGAGGUACCACACAUGGAGCUUUACUGGUGAGCUCAAAAUAGAUUCUAUUGGAUUAUUAUAGACUGUUGCCUUGCACUAAGAGGUCACCAAACAGAAUUAUUCAGGACAGUUUUUACAGAGUAAGCCAUGAACAGCAGGAGCGGCGGUGAGGACUAAUAGUGAAUAGGAUGCUGCUCAGGUUUUGUAAACAUUUGACAGAAAACCUUGGUAUAAGAUAAGAAAGAAAAAUCAAAUGCAUAAUUACCAUGGAGAUUUUAAUUACUAUAUACGUGUUUUACAGUCCUAAUAUAAACUUAAGUAUUGUAAUCAAAAGAAUUCGUGCUGGUUUUCUUGACCUAUGAAACCUGCAGCGUUGGCACUUCGUGUUCAAUGUCAGUGCUGAGUAACACCAUCGGAGACGUGAAAACCCCAGCACGGGUGGCUAACAAUAGCCCAGCCUCAUCAGACAGCGGGCUUGGCCACAUGUAACAUCAGAACAGGGCACAGGACGAACUAGAGGGCUUAGGAAUUUAUAUGGGGAUUUGGAGUGUCACAGCGGCAUAGUGGUUAGCCUAACACAGCGUCAGCGACCCAGGUUCAAUUCCUGCCACCGUCUAUAGGGAGCAUGUACGUUCUCCCCGUGUCCACAUGGGUCUCCUCCAGGUGCUCUGGUUUCCUCCCACAGUCCCAAUUUGUAUGGAUUUGUAGAAUAAUUGGUCACAUGGUGUAAUUGGAUGGCGAGGACACAUCUGAGCACAGGAGUUCAUCCUGGCACUGUAGGUUUCUAUGUGUAGACGCUCCUGAUUUGGGCAUGGGAGUCAGCCCCAGGCACAAACUCUCCACGUUACCUCUGGAUCUACUAGAGCCAACAAUGUGAGUGGGUCAGGCAGUAUCUGUGGAGAGGACAGGGUCACGCACGUACCUCACAGCAAGGAACCUUGAAAACCAGUUCACAUGUUGUUAAAACACCCUGGGCUAAAAAUUCAAUGACUUAACACAUUUGGGUGAUAGUUUUUGACCUCUGUCUAAGUGGAUGUUACAUAUUGCAUGUUAUAAACUCGAGAAGUUCUGCAGAUGUUGGAAAUCCUGGGUAACACACACAAAGUGCUGGAGGAGCUCAGCAGGUCAGGGGGCCUCUGUGGAGAGAAAUAAAUAGUCAUUUUUCAGGCCGAGAUUUUACGUUAGAACCAGAAAGGAAGGAGGCAGAUGCCAGAAUACGAAGGUGAGGGAAGGGAAGGAGUACAAGCUGGAAGGUGAAAGGUGAGACCAGGUGAGGGGGAAGGUAGGUCGGUGGGAGAGGGGAUGAGGUGAGAAACUGGGAGGUGAUCGGUGGAAAAGGUAAAGGGCUGAGAAGAAGGAAUCUGAUAGGAGAGGAGAGUGGACCAUGGGAGAAAGGGAAGGAGGAGGUGUACCAGAAGGAGGUGAAGGGCAGGUGAGAAGAGUAGAGACAUUGCACGUUAUGGUCAACUGCAGCACAAUUCAUACAGAGAGGCUGCUGGUAACACAGCAAUGACUUGGCCAACACAGAGCAUCGCUGAUGUUGCUGGUUCAUUAUAGUGGAAAGCACACAUGCGUAAGGAAAGGCAGAGACAUUAGAGUUGGAGGGUGAAUCAUCACAAUCCACCAGGUAUCUUCAAUGCCACAGGUAAGGUGGAGUUGAGGCAAUGAUACCCACCUUUUCCUGUUGAACACACUGCUGAAGAAAGGCAGACAACCGGAAGACAGCAUUGUGAGUCAACGCCCAGCUUGACCAAGCUUAGGAAUAAUUAGAUGCUGACAGACUUCCCUGAGAAUUUCCCACAUUCUCUUUAGCUUCUUUCACUAAUUUAUUCCAGUGUAAUGAUGGACUUUGGAUGAGGGCUGGAUAGAGCCCAACUGUGGUGCUCACCACAGUCACACGGCUGAGUGAGAGCUGUCAUGUGAAAUUGUGCUUUAAAGAUGUCAAAUGGCCAAGGCUGAUGAUGGGACUUUGACCAAGAUAGUUCAUCAGCACCUUCAGAAGAGAAAGGAAAUGGAAUUUUUAAUGGAUCAGGAGACCAAGAGGGAGAAUAUCAUAAAGAAGAAAAACUUUUAGGAAGUGCCAGAACCUGAGACUUAAAAUUAAAGCUAUGAAGGAAAGACUGAUGUUUGUACAAUGCCCUUCUCAAUCUCAUGAUAUCCCAGUCGGAUGACAAUUGCUCAGGUACGUAGUUCCUACACAGGUAGACACGGUGGUGAAAAAGAUCUUUGGCACUCUGGCCUUUGUCAGUCAGGGCAUUGAGUACAGGGAGUUGGGACGUCAUGCUACAGCUGUACAAGGUGCUGCUGAGACUGUGCUUGGAGUGCUGUGCACAGUUCUGGUCACUCAGAUAUAGAAAGGAUGUUGUUAGUUUGGAAAGGGUGAAGAAACGAUUCACAAGGAUGUUACCAGGACUGGAGGGCUUGAGGUAUAAGGAGGGACCGGAUUCACUGGGACUGUUUUCCCUGGAGUGAAGGAAACUGAGGAGUGACCUUACAGAGGUUUACAAACUCAUGAGGGGUAUAGAUAAGGUGGAUGGUCACAGUCCUUUACCCAGGCUAAGGGAGUUGAAAACUACAGGGCACAGGUUUAAGGUGAGAGGGGAAAGAUUUAAUAGGGACAAGGAGAGCAGGUUUCUCACCCAGAGGGUGUUGGGUAUAUGGAACAAGUUGCUAGCGGAAAUGGCAGAAGUGGUCACGAUAACACCAUUUAAAGGAUAUUUGUACAGGGACGUGGAUCGGAAAGGUUUAAAGGGAUAUGGGCCAAGUGUGAGGAAAUGGGACUGGCAUAGAUGUGCAGCUUGGUCAGUGUGGACAGUUGGGCCGAAACCGAAAGGCCUGUUUCCAGCUCUGAGAGUCUGAUGCUUCAGUGCUUCUUGCUGACAGGAGCUGGGCCAGCGAAGACACCACUGCACACACAUUACUGCACUCAGACCUUGACAGUGGCAGAAAGCAUUCCUCCUGCCAAGCAGCGAAACCAUGUUUUGAAAUAAUGAUACUGCUGUUUACAACAGAAUGCUUCAAUUAAUCUGUUAAUAAAACUGGGGUUGAAUUUACUGCUCAUUCUCCUCACUUACACCAGGGAACACACCUUUCCUGCAACACCUCCUAGCAGAGAAACAGCUCAUGGCACUUUUCCAGGGGCUGGGUACAGCUGAUUGGCUUUUCUGCCAGGCCAGAUGCCACAGCUAAUAGAGCUGGCACCAGUUUACCUAAUGUACACUGAUUCUGCAGGCUGCCAGUUCUGGGGUAGGAUCGCAUACAACAACCGGAUGGUAAUAUUGUUGUGGGGGUGGGGGGCAGACUUACCAGUCAGAUGUUAGAGACCCUGAUCCACAAUGUAAACACAAGUGAUCUUUGUUUUGUGGAUAGUUUAAGACACAAUUGUCCAUCUUGUCAAUGUGGACUUCAAAAAAGCUUUUAUCAAGGUCCAGAAUGAUCCAAAGAUUGGAUCACGCGGGAUUCAGGGUGAGCUAGCUAAUCAAACACAAAAUUGUCUUGGAGGUAGGAGUCAGAGGGUGACAGUGGAAGUUUGUGACCAGUGGUGUGCCACAGGGAUCAGUGCUGUUGUUUGUCAUUUAGUUUUACAAUUUGGGUGAGAAUGAAGUUGGCUUGGCUAGUAAGUUUGCAGAUGACACCAAAAUUGGUGCUGUGGUGGACAGUGAAGAAGAUUGUCUAAGGUCACAAGAUGUGGGCCAAGGAAUGCCCACCUCUACAAACCUAUCCCUUCUACAAUCAGGAUGUCACUACACCUCAUAUUACCAGCCGUCCUCUGCUGAAGGACCCAAUUGGUGCGGUUCUGGGAUAGCAGAUGUACCCCUAAUAACUCACAUGGACCUGGGGCAGACUGCGACCCCCUGUGCUAAGAGAAAGAAGUGGGAGAAAUAAUUUAAACUUUCCCAUCACUUGUGAUGUGGGGAUGGACAGGCACCCAGUGGCUCCUUUAUUAUGUACCUCCUGUACCUAAUAAAAUGGCCACUUUUGAGUGUACAUUGGAGGUCUUCUGCUGCUGUCGUUCAUUCACUUCAAGGUUUGAUGCGUUGUGCAUUCUGAGAUACUCUCCUGUACACCACUCUUGUAAUGUGUGAUUAUUUGACUUACUGUCACCUUCCUGUCAGCUUGAACCAGUCUGGCCAUUCUCCUCUGACCUCUCUCAUUAAGAAGGCAUUUUCACCCACGGAGCUGCCACUCGCUGGAUGAUUUUUUUUGUUUUUCGCAUCACCCUCUUUAAGCUCGAGAGACUGCUGUGCUGUUGUGUGUGAAAAUCCCAGCAGAUCAGCAGUUUCUGAGGUACUCAAACCACGCUGUCUUUCACUAACAAUCAUUCCACGGUGAAAGUCACUUAAAUCACAUUUCUUCCCCAUUCUGAUGUUUGGUCUGAGCAACAACUGAACCUCUUGACCAUGUCUGCAUGCUUUAAACUGCUGCUACAUGAUUUGCUGAUUAGAUAUUUGCAUUAACGAGCAGAUGUACCUAAUAAAGUGGCAACUGAGUGUAUAUAUUUUGUAAGAUCACACUUGGUGCUUCCUAAACCUAGCAAUUAAAGCACAAAGCGUGGAGUGGUGAUCAGGUUUACAGAGUGAGGUUUUGAUUCCUGUACCACAGCUGUACAGGGUCUUGGUGUCGCAUUGGAGGCAGUCCAAAGGAGAUUCACUAGGCUUAUUCCUGCGAUGAGGGGAUUAUCCAACAGGAGAGGCUGGAUAUUUUGGCUCUGUAUUCUUUUGAGCUUAGGAGAAUGAGGGGUGACCUUCUUGAAACAUACUGUACAGGAUCCUGAAGGGGAUUGGCAGGGAAGUUGUCAAGGUGUUCCCACUCGUGGGAGGAUCUUAAACAAGGAGACAAGAUUUGGGGGCGGCCAUUUAAAAUAGAGGUGCAUAGAAAUUUCUUCUCUCAAAGAGGGGUGAAUCUCUGGAAUUCUCUGCCCUGAGGACGGUGGAAGCUAGGUUAUUAGAAGUAUUGAAGAUGUAGGUGGGUACACUUUUGAAAGGUUGGAGGGGAUUGAGGGUGAUGGGGAACUGCCACGGAAGAGAAGAUGAGGUCUGGGGUACGUCAGUAUGACUUUAUUAAACGACGGGGGAGACUUAAGGGGCUGAGUGGCCUAUUCCUGCUGCUGAUUUCUUGUGUUUUGUGUGAUCUGUGCACAUUUAGCUGCCCAGAGUUGGAAUAGCCAUCGGGGUCUUCCAAUCUUCUCAAGACCCGUGAGAACAUGAGGGCUAGGGUCUCAGUGGAGGAGAAGGCUGCUGCAGAAAUUCACCAGGAUACCUGAUUCUGACUAGUAUCCAGUGACUUUUGACCCGUGCGAAUGUGCAGAAAUCAGCUGAUGAGAGGGCCAGCUGAGUCUUAGGUAACGUAAAUGAGCCCCAGCUACCACUGGCUUCAGGACUGGAGAAGGCAAUUGAGCAAAAGUUAAAGUUCCUACCAUAUUUAGUGAGACAAGUUAUAAAUCUAAUUAAUUCUUGAAAGUUUACACAUUCUUAAUGUUCUGUGAUGAUGCUCGUGUGCAAUUAUAUCAAAGAAACAUCUAUUUUGUCUGUAUUAUGUAAUUCCAAUUAAUCCCAUAAAUGUCAUACUUAGAAUAUAUUUUAAUCAAAGCAUUUCCACAGAAGUAAUAAACCAGAUUCAAUCAGAAGAAAGGAAUAAAAGUUUGCUGCUUUAUUUAUGACUUCUUUUGGUAUUGCUUUUUCCUUCCAACACCCAUCGGCAGCUGUCUGUGAGUGAGUCUGGGCUGUUGUAGUAUUGGAGAACACUGAAACAGCUCAUUUGGUUCCCUCUGCUCCAAUGGCUUCAUUUGUGCCUCACCUCAGCCUCCUCCCUCUCUUUUUGGGCCAUUUUUUUAAAAAAUUAUUCAUUUACAGGAUUUGGGCGUUGCCAGCUAAGCUGGCAUUUAUUGCCCACCCCUAGUUGCCCUUGAGAAGGUGGUGAUGAGAUGCCCUCUUGAACUGCUGCAGUCCCUGAGGUGUAGGUACACCUGCAGUACUAUUAGAGGGGGAAUUCCAUGAUUUUGACCCAGCAACAAUGAAGGAACGGCGAUAUGUUUCCAAAUUAGGAUGGUGAGUGAUUUGGAGGGGGAUUUCCAAGUGGUGGUUUUGUUCAAGAGUUAUGGGAAAGGCAUGAAAGUGAAUGGUGAAGCAGACUUGAGGGGCCAAAUGUCCCACCCCUCAGAUUUUCUACUUUCUCUUCAUCUAUCUGUCGACGUAUGCUUCGAUUCCUUCCUUCCUUAUGUUCGUGUCUAGUUUCUCUUUCAAUUCACACAUUGUUUGCUCCAUCUUUACAGUAUGUUAGGAAAUGUUCUAUGAAGGGGAGGAGGUGUGGUGGGGGAGAGCCUGACCAUCAUUCUACACCCAGCACCUCACUCAAAGUGGCCUUCCUCCAUCGGAUUCAGGCUGCCAAUACGACCCAGCUCUUUGACUGCGGGUUUAACCCAAAGUCCUGGAUCUGAAUUGCAGUCUGGAACAUUGUCUGUGGUGUCAUAGAGUAAUACAGUACGGAGACAGGCCAUUCAGCCCAACUCGUUCAUGCAGACCAAGAUAUCUUCCUGUGCUAGCCCCAUUUGCCUGUGUUUGGCCCAUAUCCUUCUAAAUCUUUCCUGUCCAUGUACCUGUCCAAAUGUAUUUUCAAUAUUAUAAUUGCAACCGCAUUUAACACUUCCUCUGGCAGCUUAUUCUAUAAACCCACUACCUCUGUGUGGAAGAACAUGACCUUCAGGUCCCCUUUAAAUCUGCUCCUCUCACCUUAAACUUUUACCCUCUAGUUUUAGACGCCCCUGCCCUGGGAAAAAGACUGUGACCAUUCUGUGCCUCUCAUUGUUCGAUCGAUAUCUAUCAUGACACCCCUCAGCCUUCCGUGCUCCAGGGAAAAAAAUGCCACAGCCUAUCCAGUGUCUCCUUACAACACAAGCCUUCCAGUCCUGGUAACAUCAUUGAGGACCCCCGUCACCCAGGACAUGCCCUCUUCUCAUCGCUACCAUCAAGGAGGAGGUACAGGAGCCUGAAGACACACACUCGCUGUUUUAGGAACAGCUUCUUCCCGUCCGCCAUCAGAUUUAUGAACAGGCAAUGAACCCAUGAACACUACUUCAAUAUUUGUUUUGCUCUCUUUUUGCACUACUUACUUAAUUUAAUUUAUAUUUCUUAUUGUGAUUUAGUUUUUUAUUAUUGCAUUGUACUGCUGCCACAAAGCAAUAAAUUUCACAACACAUGCCAGUGAUAAUAAACCUGUUAUCCACAAGAACCCUUUCUGCACCAUUUCUAGUUUCAUGACAUCUUUCAUACCAGAACUACAGUACACUAUUCCAUGUGUGCUCUCACCAGCAUCCUGUACAGCUGUAACAUGAUGUCCCAACUCACAAUAAAAGGACUUCCCUUUAGAAAAGUUCAAGUGCUACACCUCCUCCCUCACUACCAUUCAGAGCCCCAAACAGUCCUUCCAGGUGAGGCGACACUUCACCUGUACGUCUGUUGGGGUCAUCUACUGUGUCCAGUGCUUCCAGUGUGGCCUCUUGUACAUCGGUGACACCCGCUGUAGAUUGGGGGACCGCUUCGCUGAGCAUGUAGGUAGCGUCCACCAGAGCAAGCGGGAUCUCCCAGUGGCCACACAUUUUAAUUCCACUUCCCAUUCCCAUUCCAAAAUGUUAAUCCAUGGCCUCUUCCACUGCCACACUUAUGUUGGAGGAACAACACCUUACAUUCCGUUUGGGUAGCCUCCAACCUGAUGGCAUGGACAUCGAUUUCUCAAGCUUCCAGUAAUGCCCCCCCACCCACCGCCCCCUUCACCAUUUCCCAUCCCCUUGUCCCUCUCUUAUGUUGUCUCCUUGCCCACCCAUCACCUCCCUCUGGUGCUCCUUCUCCCUUUUUCUUUCUUCCAUGGUCUUCUGUCUCUUUCACAAAUCAACUUCCCAGCUCUUUGCUUCAUCCCUCCCGCUCCAUUUCACCUAUGGCCUGGUGUUUCUCUCUCCCUUCCCCCACCUUUUAAAUCUACUCAGCUUUUUUUCUCCAGUCCUGCCGAAUGGUCUCAUCCCGAAAAGUCGACUGUGCUCUUCUCCAUAGAUGCUGCCUGGCCUGCUGAGUUCUCCCAGCAUUUUGUGUGUGUUGUCAUGGAAGACCAGGGCAGAAUUGGCUAUUCAGCCUCAAGGAAGUGUGCUUUCCCUUGUUGCUGCAGCCCUGAGAGUUGGCCACUCCAAGACACACCACACUCAGGCACCUGAGUGAUCCAAUAUCUCCCUACUCACUGACUCAGCCUGGGCCUUCAAUCUCGGCAGUGGACAAUUCCACCAGGACAAAAUUCCAGUCCUGCCAUCCACCUGACACCCACACUCUCCAUCAGCGAUACUUUGGAACAGCAGGAGAAACCAUGACUAAUUUUUCUUCCUCCUGACCCCGGGAAUACUGAGACUUAUAAUUGGCGACAGUGGAGGGGAUGGCGUGAGUAGGGUGUGUAUGCAGAGUUGCCGUGCCUGACAGUGCCCAUGUGCAUCAAAUAAAAAGCUAAAGUGGCGGAAACACUCAUCAGGCCAGGCAGCAUCUGUGGAGAGAGAGAGAGAUAGUUUUCUGUCGAAGACUUCCAUCAGAACUAAAACAACGCAACACACAAGAUACUGGAGUAACUCAACAUGUCAAGCAGCAUCCAUUGGGGCGGGGGGUGGACAGUUGAUGUUUCAGGUCAAAACUCUUAUCUAGACUCCAGCAUCUGCAUCUCUUGUUCCUUCAAAAGAUAACAAAAAAUAGUUUGCUUUAGGUUGCAGAGAAAGUGGCAGGAGGAAUGGAUGGGACAGAGGAAAUAUCUGUGAUAUGGUUGCGAUGGGGGUGGGUUUUAGUGGGUGUCAGGUCAAAUGAGUUAAUGGAGACAGUCAGAAGGUGAUAUCACAGACAAAGAGGCAAUAAGACCAUAAGACCAUAAGGUAUAGGAGCAGAAUUAGGCCAUUCAGCCCAUCAAGUCUGUUCUGCCAGUUGAUCAUGCUUGAUUUAUUCUCCCUCUUAACUCCAUUCUCCUAUGUUCCACCUGUAACCUUUGAUGCCCUUACUAAUCAAGAACUUUUCAACCUCCACUUUAAAUAUACCCAAUGACCUGAUCUCCACAACAGUCUUUGGCAAUGAAUUCCACAAAUUCACCACCCUCUGGCUAAAGAAAUUCCUCCUCAUCUCUGUUCUAAUACGAUAUCCUUCUAUUCUGAGGCUGUGCCCUCUGGUCUUAGACUUUCCCACUGUUCAAAACUUCUCUCCAUGUCCACUCUGUUGAAAACAUCCUCUAAUAUGUUGCCAGUAGCAGGGUCAUAAGUAAUAUCCAGCAGGUCAGGUUGUACACAUGGGCAAACUAGACAUGGUUCCCUGAUUGAAUAGAAUAGUAUUGCUAAAAAUUACUUUACUUAUCUUGGUACUAAAAUUUCUAAAAAUUUAAAGGACCUAUAUGAAUAUAAUUUUCUCUCAUUGAUUGAUUACACCCAACAAAUGCUUUCUAAAUGGUCGCCUAUGACAUUAUCAUUAAUAGGUCAAAUUAAUGCUAUUAAAAUGAUAGUUCUACCGAAAUUCUUAUAUACAUUUCAGGCAGUUCCUACUUUUGUUCCUAAAAUAUUUUUUGAUAGAAUAGAUUCUAUAAUCUUAUCUUAUAUUUGGAAUAGUAAAAAUCCUAGAUUGAGUAAACCUUUAUUACUGAAAUUAAAAAAGGAUGGUGGUAUGGCUUUGCCAAAUUUUAGAAUGUAUUAUUGGGCAAUUAAUAUUCGAUAUAUUACUUUUUGGAUUCAUUACUCAGACAUACAUGAAUGUCCUUCAUAAGACCAUAAGACAAAGGAGCAGAAGUUGGCCAUUCAGCCCAUCGAGUCUGCUCCACUAUUUUAUCAUGAGCUGAUCCAUUCUCCCAUUUAGUCCCACUCCCCCGCCUUCUCACCAUAACCUUUGAUGCCCUGGCUACGCAGAUACCUAUCAAUCUCUGCCUUAAAUACCCCCAAUGACUUGGCCUCCACUGCCCCCCGUGGCAAUAAAUUCCAUAGAUUCACCACCCUCUGGCUAAAAAAAUUUCUUGUGAAACUCAGUGAGGGGGUUCUCUUUGGCCUCUUUACUGGGAGCUCCUCUUCACUUUUUGUUUUCUAAGAUUAGUAGACAAGACUUUAAUCCUAUUAUUAAACAUAUUUUUAAGAAUUUGGUUUCAGUUUCAUAGAUUUUUUGAGUUAAAUAAUUUUGUUCUUUCUAGUAAUAUCCAUUUUAAUUAUUUUUUAAACCAUCAAUUUUGGAUAAGACCUUUUUAAUUUGGAAAACCAAGGGAAUAAUACCUUUUCCAGAUUUGUUUUUACGGGACUGUUUAAUGUCUUUUUCUCAGUUAGUGGAUAAAUAUAGUUUACCUAACGUACAUUUCUUUAGAUAUUUACAAAUCAGGAAUUUUUUACAUGGUUUACUGCCAAAUUACCCUUCUGCUUAUCCACCUAAUACGACAGAUGCUCUUUUUCAGUUUAAACCACUUCAAAAAGGGUUGAUAGCUAUAAUUUAUAAACAGUUAUUGAAUUUAUGAAUGAUAUCUAUCGAUAAAAUUAAACGUGCUUGGAAAUUGGAAGUUCAAGAGUCAUUUUCAUAUAAUCAAUGGAGUAAAAUUCUUCAUUUGGUUAAUAACUCAUCUAUUUGUGCCUGUCAUUCUUUGAUACAGUUCAAGGUAGUGCAUCAGGCCCAUAUGUCAAAGGAUAAACUAGCACAUAAUUUUUCCAAUAUCAAUCCUAUUUGUGACAGAUGAAAUAGUGAGUUAAAGUCCUGGAUCUGGACCUACAACCUAAUUUACUUACAGCAAUAUUUGGGAUUACCUCAUCGAAACCAGGAAGUAUUCCUAUUUCUGCUCAAUGUAUGAUAGCCUUUUCAACUUUAUUGGUUGGGAGAGCCAUUUUACUGAAGCGGAAGGAUUCUAAUCCACCUACUGUCUUUUAUUGGCUCUCCUCCAUUAUGUCCUGUUUAAGUUUAGAGAAAAUAAGAAGUCGGACAUUCGAUACAUCCUUUAAGUUUGAGCAGAUCUGGCGACUUUUUAUUCAAUAUUUUCAUUUAAUUUGAUUUAUUACUCUUACAAUUUUUUUUUCGAAGUUUUAGAUUUGAUCAGAAAGUAUUUCUUUUUUUUGGUCCUAUCCUCAGAAUGGACUGCCCAGUCCCUUUUUUUUGUAUAGUGUAGUGGGGAUUUUUUUUCAUUUAAAAUUCAAAGUUUUUUCUUUCCUCUUCAUGAACUGAUAAGAGGAGAAUCGCUGAUUUUUUUAUUAUAUGUUAUACAAUAGCUUAACACUAUGUAUGAUUUUGAUAAUGUUUAUUUCAAUCUCUGUAUUGUUAUUGAUAUAUAUAUUUGAGAUAAUUCUCCUCUUGUU